GCUUAGCCCUCUCCCGCCGAUUUAGGCUAGUUCCCGGGCGGCGCACCGUUCCAGAACUUUCCGGGAAGCGCCGGGCUCUGUGUGGGUCAAGCGUCAAAUCACGUCAUUUCCGGGAGGGGAGGCGAAGGGUAAGUACUUUCACCUCGGCCCGCGGCCUAGAAAACCCUAGAAAAGCCUAGAAAGAGCUCCUCUUUUCUUCCGCCUACCGGUCCGCGCGUCAGUGCCCUGCGCAGAGCCCUGCGCAGAGCCCAGGAAACGAAUCGUGGCGCGCGCUGGUGCGGCCGCCCCUUUUCGCGGGGAGGGGCCGGGGGCGAGGGCGAGCGCGCCUGCGCGCUGGGAGGUCUUUUCUCGAGUUCACGUGGCCGGGGGGUCGGACUGAGGAUCUCUCCUUUGCGGCGGUGGCGGCGGCCAGAGAGCGAGAGUACGAAGUGCGGCAACCCGAGUCAUGGCAGGACAGGCAUUUAGAAAGUUUCUUCCCCUCUUUGACCGAGUAUUAGUUGAAAGAAGUGCACCCGAAGUUGUAACCAAAGGAGGCAUUAUGCUUCCAGAAAAAUCGCAAGGAAAAGUAUUGCAAGCAACGGUAGUAGCUGUUGGAUCGGGCUCUAAAGGAAAGGAUUUCUAUAAUUGGCCUGAUGAAUCCUUUGAUGAAAUGGACAGUACACUAGCUGUUCAGCAGUAUAUUCAACAGAAUAUAAGAGCAGAUUGUUCCAAUAUUGACAAAAUUCUUGAACCACCUGAAGGCCAAGAUGAAGGUGUAUGGAAGUAUGAACAUUUAAGGCAAUUCUGUCUUGAGCUAAAUGGACUUGCUGUCAAACUUCAGAGUGAAUGCCAUCCAGAUACAUGCACUCAGAUGACAGCAACUGAACAAUGGAUUUUUCUUUGUGCAGCUCAUAAAACACCAAAAGAGUGUCCUGCUAUAGACUAUACUAGACACACACUUGAUGGUGCUGCAUGUCUUCUGAAUAGCAAUAAAUAUUUUCCCAGCAGGGUUAGCAUAAAGGAAUCAUCUGUAGCAAAACUAGGAUCAGUAUGCCGUAGGAUUUACAGAAUAUUUUCACAUGCUUAUUUUCAUCACCGGCAGAUAUUUGAUGAAUAUGAAAAUGAAACAUUUUUGUGUCAUCGGUUUACUAAAUUUGUGAUGAAAUAUAAUUUGAUGUCCAAGGAUAACCUGAUUGUACCAAUUUUAGAAGAAGAAGUUCAGAAUUCAGUUUCUGGGGAAAGUGAAGCAUGAAGGGAAUCAUAUAGAAAAAAAUGUACUGAUCACAUAAUUAACAUUAAUUAUGUACUGUAUAUAUAUCAUUUUAGACACAUCAAUCAUGUAUCCAUAUUAUAGCUUCUUUGUUUAGUAUAGGUUUUUGUAUGCUGAGUGUUGCCGUUUAAAAUGGGAAAUACUUUUUAAGUUAUUCAUGAGCUGUAUAUUCACUGGUGUGGCACUCAUGGUUUUUAAAUAAGAUUAGU